GAAAUGACAGCAAACCUGAAUACGGAACUGAAGCAGCAGUUCAGACUUUCUUGCUCUGAAGUGCCAGCAACCUGAGAGAGAGCCUGGUGUCACCGUAAGGAGCUGGGAUCUGAGAACCGACACACUUGAAGAUGUGGAAGUCGGUAGUGGGGCAUGAUGUAUCUGUUUCCAUGGAGACCCAGAGCGAUGACUGGGACACAGACCCUGACUUUGUGAAUGACAUCUCUGAGAAGGAGCAACGGUGGGGAGCCAAGACCAUCGAGGGCUCUGGACGCACAGAGCACAUCAACAUCCACCAGCUACGGAGCAAAGUGUCAGAGGAGCAUGAUGUUCUCAAGAAGAGAGAGAUGGAAUCAGGGCCCAAAGCAUCCCAUGGCUAUGGAGGCCGGUUUGGGGUGGAAAGAGACCGAAUGGACAAGAGCGCUAUGGGCCACGAGUAUGUUGCUGAGGUGGAGAAGCACUCUUCUCAGACUGAUGCUGCCAGAGGCUUUGGUGGCAAAUAUGGAGUUGAGAAGGACAGGGCAGACAAGUCAGCAGUUGGCUUUGAUUACAAAGGACAAGUGGAGAAACACGCAUCUCAGAAAGAUUACUCCCAUGGCUUUGGUGGCCGUUAUGGAGUGGAGAAGGAUAAACGGGACAAGGCAGCCUUGGGAUAUGACUAUAAGGGAGAGACGGAGAAACAUGAGUCCCAGAGAGAUUAUGCUAAGGGCUUUGGUGGCCAGUAUGGGAUCCAGAAAGACCGAGUGGAUAAGAGCGCUGUUGGCUUCAAUGAAAUGGAGGCCCCAACCACAGCUUAUAAGAAGACAACACCCACAGAGGCUGCUUCUAGUGGUGCCCGUGGGCUGAAGGCAAAAUUUGAAUCCAUGGCUGAGGAGAAGAGGAAACGGGAGGAAGAGGAAAAGGCACAGCAGAUGGCUAAGCGGCAACAGGAGCGAAAGGCUGUGAUAAAGAGCCAUGAGGCUCAGCAGCCCACAGUGCCUGUGGAAGAGCCAGUGGUGCCAGCCCCAUUGCCCAAGAAAAUGUCCUCAGAGGCCUGGCCUCCAGCAGGAAGUUGUCCAUCAUCAGAGCCUGAGCCUGUGAGAGACAUCAGGGAACUUCCAGUGCCCUCCCUACCCUUGAGGCAGAGUUCCCCGGACAAUGAGGAGCCUCCAGCUCUACCCCCCAGGACUCCAGAAGGCCUCCAACUGGAGGAAGAGCCAAUCUAUGAAGCAGAGCCUGAGCCUGAGCCUAAGCCUGAGCCUGAGCCUGAGAAUGAUUAUGAAGAUGUUGGGGUCAUGGACAGGCAUGAGCAGAAUGAUGGUUCAGAAGGGGACUAUGAGGAUGUGCUUGAACCUGAGGAACCCUCUUUUCCCUCCACCCUGGCUGGAUCAUCGGGCUGCCCAGCUGGGGCUGGGACCAGUGGGACCUCAGCAGUAGCCUUGUAUGAUUACCAAGGAGAGGGAAGUGAUGAGAUUUCCUUUGUUCCGGACGACAUCAUCACUGACAUUGAGAUGGUGGAUGAGGGCUGGUGGCAGGGACGUUGCCAUGGCCAGUUUGGACUCUUUCCUGCAAAUUAUGUCAAACUCCUCCAGUGACUGGCCUCACUGUCUUCCACACUGUAACUUACCAUGUCCAAAGUGGCUCUCCUCUAACCCUUCCCCAUUUCUGCUUCAAAUGUCUAACAGGAUAUCAUAUGUUGCCUGAGUUCUGGGGAAACUUCCCCCUCUGACUCCCUUAAGGGCUUGGGGCAGAGUCAGCAUGAGGAAGAGUACGUGCCCUCAGUGUCCUCUUUACUCUGAAUGAGCCUCAGGUCAUGCAGUAGACCGACUAUUCAGGGACACUUACCUUGUGGUCCUGCCUCCUCCCUCACAAAUGCCCCUUCUAACCACCCUAAGCUCUGCUCUCCUCUCUUUGUGAAUUCUUUGCUUACCUGGAAGGUAUACCUAAACUUCUGUUUGCCUGAUUGUGCUAUUUGCCUACUUUCCUUCCCUGCAGAGAUUAUCUCUAAAUCUUCUCUCUGUCCAACCCUAAAGUUGGAAAUAAAGUGGGACUAUGGUUCACCUUCAUGCUGAGGUAAAUAGUACUUUCUGUACAGCCAUCAAUGACCCUGGACUCCCAUGGGCUCCAGUUUUUCUCCUGUUUCCCAGGCAUAUCCAAAAGACCCUCUCCUACCACUGCUUCUGCCCCUGGAGUGGUAGGGUCUUUUCCUUCGGUUAUACUCUAAACCCAAUCCAAAACAGAUCAGCCUGGGAAAUGGGCAGUAAGAUGGGGCAACAGGGAGCCAUGUAGUGUCCACAUUAAAGUUCAACCUCUACUGACUUUAGCAGUUGUGGGAAACCGGCCUGGGAGUAAUGACCACUCUCUUUCAGUGGCCAUGAUGAUCUCAUGAUAGGAAAGAAGAAUAAGGAGGUUGACCAAGAGAAAAGAUUAAAGCUAAAUGACUAGAGACUCAGGUGAGGUGUUAAGAGGAUUUUGAGCCAGAGAGAGCGACCUCUGUUUGAGAAAUUCCAGGCUGCCUUGUAGCUGGGUGACUGAAAUCAAUAGCCAGGGAAGAGGGUGGAUGGAGGAAGACAUGGAGCUUCUGCCUGUCCAGGGCUAAGACAGUUAGGAAAAGAGGCAAGGACAUUUGGACGUGUAAUGGGCAAUAAGCAAAUCACCAAGCAAAUUAUUGUCAUGAAGGAGAAUGGGAAGCCAGGGCAAAGUGGGUUUAUCCCAGCCCCAAGCCAUUGGGUCCAGCCUCAGUAAGGUCAGAGAUAGGGGAUCCUAGGGUAAACUCAAAAUAAGUCAGGGAUUUGGUUUAGGAGAUCUUUGGUUGUUUCAUACCCAGUAUCUGAAGCUGAGUUCAGCUUUCUCAGUUGGAGGGCAGUGGGAACAAGGAGGGCUAGGAUUGUGACUGAGAUACACAGUGGCUUCAGGACUUCACAGAGUUGGUGAGAUGCCCAUGUGCCUAGAGCACUGCAUCCCCCAGGCUCAUUCCUAGGCUCUUCUUCCAGACACACACCCCUCUGGCUUCAGUGAUGACUUUUAUGCCAUUGGAUCCCAAAUCUGUCUCUAGAACUUACAAAUUCACCCAGUUAGCCUUUCAGAGUUAAAGUAGCUUUUAUUUUCACUUAUAGAGAUACUGGGAUUUCUAAUAAAUAGCAGUAAGUCACCAUAGAAAUACACAAUCUCACUCUUCACUUCAGUUUGAUUUGACUACACACAUAAAUCAGGCUCUUACAGUGGCUUUCCUGGUUACAUCUCCAAGGUUCCACCUUGGUUUUUGCUUUUCCCUUCAUUAUAAGAUAGAAUUUCUUUUUUCCAAAUUCCUAUAAAACGAAGGCAACAAAGUCUUUCUCCCUUCAUGUUCAGCGGCUCUCUACUUUGCUCUGACAUUCUUGAUGGUGAUACUCAUCCAGGGCUCAGCUCAUAGACUUCCCAAUCCAGGCUCCUAUUUCUGGGUACACACUCCCUCUUCAGGUCCUCUGAGCUGCUCCUUAAUCCACAGCCGUGUCUAGCUGUCUGGCCUCUGUCAGAUAAUGCACCCUGCUCGUGCUGCUUAUUACCAUUUCUUAUCACUAACCAAAUUAUCUGCUGUCUAAUCCACAGUCUCUCUAAAAGGCUUCUCUUCUGCUUCAUCUGCCCUCUCCACAAAAUGAUGCUCCCCUUUCUCUCUUUUUUCUAAUAAAAUAAGAAACCCAGAGUGAGUUUUUUCUUCCAAAUAGGAAGGACUAGAUUCAAAUAACUUGAGACUGGUAUGAGGUGAACUCUCUUCCUUCUUUCUCACUUCGGUGUUUGGUGGUUUCCAUUUACUCCUCUUCACUGAAUAAACCAUAAUCAAACCUUA